AUGGUUUCCAAGCUUCUCACGGCUCUCGCCGUUGCUGGCGUGGCUUCGGCCGCUGGCACCAACGUUGCCAAGUUCAACGCUUACUGGGGUCAGUCUGGUCCUGCCGAGGAGAGUCUCAAGGCUCGCUGCGACGAGGGUGCCGACUACAUCAGCCUGUCGUUCGUCACCUCGUCUCCCGAGAACAACCCUUCAGGUUAUCCUGGCAUCGGCUUUGCUGCUCACUGUUGGGGCACUUCCUUCGAGAAGGACGGCCAACCCACCAACCUGCUCAACCACUGCGGCACCAUCAUUGACGAUCUUCAGUACUGUCGUAGCAAGGGCAUCAAGAUGCUCCUUUCCAUCGGUGGUGUCUGGAACGAAAAGACCUCCGACUACCGCGUCAGCUCCGAGCAGAACGGCCGCGAUUUUGCCGACUUCCUCUGGGGUGCCUUUGGUCCCUACGAUGCUUCCUGGAAGGGCCCUCGUCCCUUUGACAAGAGCCCUACCGAGCACAGCCAGAUCGACGGUUUCGACUUUGACCUCGAGCUUCCUCAGGUUGGCGGCAAGAACUUUGACAACAAGCCCUGGAUCGCCAUGGCCGACCAGUUCCGCACCCUCGACAAGAGCGUCAUCAUCACCGGUGCGCCCCAGUGCCCGACCUCGGACACGUACUUUGCCAUGAAGGAGAUGAUCCAGAAGACCCAGUUCGACGCCCUCUUCAUCCAGUUCUACAACAAUGUCGGCUGCGAUCUGGUCAUCGGCAACGAUCCCUUCAACAGCAAGGACGACUUCAACUACAACGAGUGGGAGGACAUCAUCGCCGCGAGCGACAAGAGCAAGAACGCCAAGCUCUUUGUCGGCAUCCCAGCCGCUGCCUCUGGCGGCUCUCAGGACGGCUACGUGACCCCCGCCCAGCUCGAGCACAUCAUCUGCAAGAUUGCCAAGCGUCCUUCUUUCGGUGGCAUCUCCAUCUGGGACAUGUGGACCGGCCUGAACAACGUCAUCGACGGCAAGUCGUUCAACGAGCACGUCAAGGAGAUUCUCACCAAGUGCGGUGACCACACCACCACCACCACUACCACGACGACCACGACCUCUACGACCUCGAGCACUACGAGCACCACGACGACUACGACUACCAGCUCUUCCAGCAGCACCACCACCACAUCGUCCAGCUCUAGCACUCCCACCUCGACCAGCACCUCGACCUCGUCGCCGACCUCGACCUCGUCUUCCACCACCUCGACCAGCACCGGCCUGCCCACCUCGACCUCUAGCAGCUCCUCUGUGAGCUCCAGCUCCAGCUCCAGCUCCAGCUCCAGCUCCAGCUCCAGCUCCACCGACAGCUCGUCCUCCAGCUCGACUGUCCCUACCGGCUCCAGCACCUCGUCCGUGAGCUCCAGCUCCUCUACUGUCCCUACUGGCAGCUCCAGCUCCAGCUCUUCCGUUGUCCCUACCGGCAGCUCCAGCAGCUCCAGCUCUUCUGUCCCUACUGGCAGCUCCAGCUCCAGCUCUUCCGUUGUCCCUACCGGCAGCUCCAGCAGCUCCAGCUCUUCUGCUGUCCCUACCGGCAGCUCCAGCAGCUCCAGCUCCUCGGUCCCUACAGGCAGCUCCAGCUCCAGCUCCUCUGCUGUCCCUACCGGCAGCUCCAGCAGCUCCAGCUCUUCUGUCCCUACCUCGACCGGCACCGGUGUUCCCACCUCGGUCUCCAGCUCCAGCGUUAUCCUUACCACCGGCCCUGCCACCACCCUUCCUCCGGUUACCUCGGCCCCUUGGAGCAACACCACCACCACCUCCCAGGAGAUGACCACCAGCACCGUCUUCACGACCACCACCCGCACCAUCACCUCGUGCGCCCCCACCGUGACCAACUGCCCUGCCCGCGUUGUCACCGAGACGAUCGCCCUGUACACGACCGUUUGCCCCGUCACCGAGACCCACCAGCCGCCCAAGCCGACUGCCACCCCCAGCCAGCCCACUGGCGAGGAGAUGACCACCAGCACCGUCUACACCACCAAGACGUACACCAUCAGCAAGUGCCCUCCCAGCGUCACCAACUGCCCCAUCGGCCAUGUGACGACUGAGACCAUUUCGGUGUCGACGACUGUCUGCCCGGUCACCAAGACCAACGACGUUCCCCAGCCUACCCAACCCGCUGGCAAGCCUCCCGGUGGCCAGCAGCCUUCCGGCUCGCAGCCCUCCGGCAGCCAGCCCGGUGGCGGCAAGCCCUCCGAGACCAUGACCACCAGCACCCUGCACAGCACCAUGACCGUCGUCAAGACGCUGUCUGUCACUGGCCCCAAGACCACCCUCACCGUGAUCCCGCAGCCCGCUACCAGCAGCGUCAAGUGCCCCGGCGGUCCCAACUGCCCUGCUCCCACCGGUGAGCACAACAAGUGCCCUGGCGGCGCCAACUGCCCUGCGCCCAGCGUCAGCGGCACCGGUGCCCCCUCGGCUCCUGUUGUCAAGCCCACCACUCCCGUCGUCACGGCUGGUGCUUCCUCUGUCGCCGCUGGUCUGGUUGCUCUCGUGGCUGCCCAGAUCUUCCUUCUGUAA